GUUGCUGGAACAGGUACUGUAUUUGCGAGGUCGCAGCUUUCACUGCAAGUACAAAACAAAUGGUGUAAUUGUCUUGAUCUGGACACACUAUAGUCAUGAUGGAAAGUGAUGAUAAACCCGUGUAUGAGCAACGGUUUAAUGCUGCUGUUAAAGUGAUCAAAAAUUUGCCUUCAAAUGGUUCCUUUCAGCCGUCCAACGAAAUGAUGCUGAAAUUUUACAGCUACUACAAGCAAGCCACUCAAGGCCCAUGCGACACUCCUCGCCCGGGGUUCUGGGAUCCUGUCGGCAAAGUCAAAUGGGAUGCUUGGCAUGGACUUGGAGAUAUGCCAAAGGAAGAAGCGAUGACCGCGUAUGUGGAAGAUCUCAAGCUGAUAUUAGAAAGCAUGCCUAUGACGGAGGAGGUGGAGCAGCUGCUUCAGAUUAUCGGGCCCUUCUAUGAGCUUGUAGAUGAAAGGAAGAAGAUCAGUCAAGUGUCAGAUCUGACCACUGGCCUAGGCAGCAUGAUGUCCGCACCUUCAAAGGGCGUCACAAAGAGCAUCAUCAAAACUAUGCAAAUGAACGGCACGCUGGACAGCCAUGCUCCUGAACAACCAGAUGUUCUGAAAACUGACACAUACGAGCUUAAGGAACAGCAGGAUAACGGUGAUGAAGAUGAUGACUGUGAAAGUGAUGAAGAGAAUGAAAAAGAGGAAGAGACUGAGCAGGUGAAGAAAGGCCCAGCUCAGAAGAAGAAGGUUUCAAAAAGGAAAGCUAAAGGACUUUUGAAUGGAAGUAUAGGGCACACUCCCAUGACAAAUGGGAGGCACGACACCAAAUCUACUCUAAAUGGAAACCACGAGGACAUGCACGAUGAAGCAACCCACCACAUCAAUGAUCACACUACAGAUGACAAUGUGGAUGUGUGCAGUGCUCUUCAUGUAGCCAGUGAUUCAGACAGUGAGGUGUACUGCGACUCUGUGGAUCAGUUUGGUGCAGAGGAGCAGAACAGUGAGGCUCAGGUGAAGAUGUCUUUGGAGGAAAACCACAGUUCUGUAUGCUCUUUGGAGGAACCUUCAUUACUAGAGGAAGAGAUCAUGCUGAGCGGACAAGAAGGGGUUCAGUAUGGAGGAGAGGAUGGAAAGAAGGGUGAGGGAGAAGUACAGAGGCCUGGACUGAACACUGACCGAGCCGGCAGCUCUCUUAUCAGGAGGAGACGAGGCUCCAGGUCUCCUGGCUCAGACUCGGGUUCCGGGCUUCCAGGAUCAUUACAUGGUGCAGGAGGCGAUGGGGAGCGCUGGGGAUCAGAUAGAGCUGCUGGUGUUGAUCUGAAUGAACAGAUUGUAACGGCUCUGACGAGGCUACAGGAGGACAUGCAGAGUGUGCUGGAGAGACUGCACACACUCGAGGCUCUUACAGCAUCACAGGCUAGAUCAGCGGCCUUGUCAUCAGAGCACCUGCUACCAGCAGCCAGUAGAACUCCUAAGAAACCGUCCUGGUGGGUGUUUGAUAUUUCCCCUGGCACAGUGGCCUUCGCUCUCAUCUGGCCCUUCAUAGCACAGUGGCUCAUUCAUCUAUAUUUUCAGCGGCGGAGAAGAAAAUUCAAUUGAGAUGUUCUUCUCUCUGCGGGUGUAAAGUAAAGCCAGGCGUCCUCGGUUGCGUCUCCUAGUUUCUUAUUCUCGCUUUUGCACUAUGAAGACAACGCUAACAGUAGUGAGCAUCAGAGCAGACUGAUAGACGAAUGUGAGCAGCUUCUAAAAGCUUUUUGUACUUUUUCACUGUAAUAGAAAGUGCUAAUACGAUAACCUAAUCAGUCUGAAAUAGUAGUAGGUGUAUGAUGUAGUAAACACAAGCCUACAUUAUGUAUGUAUAUUUUUUUCAUAUUGAAAUGUAAUGGGGCAUUAUGAUGAUGUGGCGCCCGACAUGUAGGAAUGUGCGUGUUGGUCCUUCUGCUUCAGUGUAAAGCUGCUAGAAAACCAGUUGUGUUUGCCAUACAGGUUUGGCUUUGAUUUUAAUCAGCUGGAAUUCAGAAUGUUACUCUGCAUUCACACCACUAACAAAAGCAACCACUAUUGUUGACACUUGCUAAUAUUUAAUAUCCAGAUUUUAGGUUUCUAAAAGAAUCAGUAGAAUUGUAUACUGUCUACUGAGGUUACAACUCUUGAGGGCAAGUUUACACACUUGACACAUGUAUGUCUCCUACAUGAAGGAUCAGAAUGUGUACUUUGUUUGAAAAAGAAUAGAGAGAGUUCAAUCACAUUCAAACCAAAUAUGUUGGUGGGCAUAAAGUACGCUAGCCCACUACCACUGAGAUUCGGGGUUUGAGUAAAGACCACACAAUACAUAUUCUUAUAAAUUCCUUUGCUUUUUUUUAUUCCUUGUUGUGUUAACAGUGCUGAUUAUUUUGUUUUAAGAGAUAUCUGAUGAUUCAAAUGAAAAGGCAACAAGUGUUCACAGUGAAAAACAAUCCACUGUUUAUAGAAUCAUAUUUUAUUAAAAUGCAUCUAGAAUAUGUUUCUACCUAAAUUGGAAUUGCAUCAAAUUGUGAGGUAUGGGUGUUCUUCAAAAAGUUUCUGCACUUUUUAAACUCUAUUUGUUAAGAAUUUAAAAAACAAAUUACAUCACUUUUCUACACAGUCACCUUCUGAUGCAUUUUUCCCAGCGUGGUAUCAACUUUUUAAUGGCAUCAGCAAAAAAUGUUUUUGGUUAAGCGCAUAGCCACUGAUACACCGCUGCUUUCACAUCAUCAUCAUCAUCAUCAUGAAAAUCUUCUUCCCCUUAAAGCUUCUUUGUGCGUUUCAAAAAGGUGGAAAUCGGAUGACGCUAAAUCCGGACUAUAAGCUCUCUCUCAGUCUCUCAGACACGACCAAGUACUACUCCUCCCAUCUUUACCGUUUUCAAUGAAAAUAUAAAAGUGCGGAAACUUUUUGAAGAUACUUUGUACAUGAAGAUUCUCACUCAUAAUAUUUAGCAUUAAGAAAAUCUCACCUGACAUGUCAGAAUCCUGGACCUUCUGCGUUUUUGAUUGAUACAGUGCAAAUGCUGAGUUCUUCCAUGCAAGCUGCAUUAUGGACUCAAAGUCAUAUUCACCAACAUGCACAUUAGCAAUAACAUAUUAUUAUUAUAUCUAGUCAUAUUUAAUUACCUGAUUGCAUUACGCUUCCUCUCUACUGAUGUUGAUCUCCACUCCUGGGUGAGGAGAGCUGUGACUACCACACCCCGCCGACACGUGUGCAGUAGCCGACUCACUUCCAGGUUCUAACUAUUCCACCUCCCGUCAUUAAAUAUUACAGGCUGCUGGUCACAACUGAUGAAAAAAGAGAAGUUUAGAGUGUUCAUAAAGGCGUGUAGAUUAAAAAUGAAUUUGAAGAUCUAGCAUGAAGACCACAUAUUAAAGGAGAACUGCGCUCAGUGGUGGCCACAAUUCAGAGACCACUAGUAUAAAUGCUUCUGUUUGGAUUUUGUUCUGGAAUUGAAUACAAUUUUUGAAUUUCCUAGUAAUUGGUGUGCUCAUUAAUAAUAGGUGUGUAAAUGUAUGAAUUUAACGUUUCUGAUGAGAUCAAAUCCACCUGCUUGAAGUCGACUGGUCAUGUGCUUCAAUGGAAAGGAUCAGACUCAGAAAUCUGACCUCUUAUGUAAAGAAAUUCACAUAGUCACAUUCACAAAUGACUGCUUGAGUAAAUUACAAAUACUACAGAAUAAUGCUGUGAUGACUCCUAAAAAUACAGCAGUACACAUGGGGGGGGGGGGGGGGGGGUAAUAAUGGGAAUGUAAUAAUGGGAGGACCGAUAACACACAUCUGAAGAGGUGUUGCAUACACAUUACAGCAUGGUAAUUACAUUCUAAUUGUGUUAAAUAAAUGCAAUAAUUUCCUUGAUCUAAUAUUUUUUUUUAAAUAACAGCAUUUUAAAGAACAUUUUGCUUUAUGUUUAUUAAUAUACUGUGUAUUUUUGGCAUCUAGAAAUUGCUUAUGAAGUAUUUUGAAUUACUGUAUUUGUCAGAAUGAGAUGGUUGAUUUUGAUCUUGUUAAACUGUAUUAUUAUUAUUAUUAUGAUUGUUAAUUAAUUGAAUUCAUUUGGAAAUAUGUUUUGUUUUAGUGUAAAUAGCUACAAUAAGUGUAUAUUAGAAAUGAAACGAUGCUGUAUAGAUUAACUACAGAGUGAUGGUUUAAUUGUAACAUACUUUAGUGUAGCACUGAACUCUAUAUUAAUGAUUUCUUUUGAACAGUGAUGUAGAUAAAAUCGGUUGUUUGAUUUUAAACAAUACAAUAAAACAACCACUUUUGUUUAAAGCAGCACCUGUAAAUGUUCCAGUAGCUGUAGAUUUACUGUAAACCCUAAAGCACGAAUAAAAUUUUGCAAUAUUUUA